UUGGAUCGACAGAUUCGAGCCACCCGCACAACAAAAUGAAAUUUCUCAUUGUGUCCCUCGCUCUAGUUGCUGCCGCUCUAGCGCAGCACCAACAAUACCAGCAGCAACAGCCGGUGGCCAUCCUGAAACAAGCGCAGGACAUCUCGCCGGAAGGAUCCUACCAUUACGCCUACGAGACCGAGAACGGAAUUGCCGCUACCGAGCAGGGCUCGCCGCAGCCCGUUGGACCCAAGGGCAAUCCCGCAAUCAUUGCCCAGGGCCAGUUUCAGUACACCGCUCCCGACGGCACUCCCAUCGCCGUCCAGUACACGGCCGACGAGACCGGCUUCCACCCGCAGGGCACCCACCUGCCGGUCGCUCCACACGUGCCCGAGCUGAUCCAGAGGGCCGUCGAUUACAUUCUAGCCCACCCGCAGCCCGAAAAUCAGCAAUAAACGAUCAGCGACAUUUAGCAACAUCUCUGGACAAAGCGCCUACCUCUCGAGCCACGAA